AUGUCGGAAACCCGGAAAUUGUUCUCGAGACGGGCUGCCCGCGAUCUUGUCGUUCAGGCCGAGCAGGAAUGUGCGGAGCUUCCAGUCGAGCAGACCGGGCAGCACGAAGUGGAGGCGCAGGAAGGGCAAGCCGUCUUGAAGAUCUUCUUCCUUCAACUCCGACCACGCUUGCUGGACGUCAAAGCUAUUUCGAAAGACCGUCCAGGGGCGGAUAUCCAUCCAUUCCAUCAACUGAUUGUAACGCAAUCGUGUCACUGUGGCAACGAGCAAAGGAUCAACGCGGUCAAUGACGCUCCGUUGGAACUCACCGAAAGCUACGCGAAGGAGGUGCUCUAG